AGUAUUAAUAUGAUAAAAUAUGUUCAUGAUCGUGGGUGGAAAACAGUACUGCAUCUAAUAUUAUGAUCCAUUAAUUGCUUGAUUUGUUCAUUUUUCACGGGACAGUGAACGCAUCUCACCUUUUCCAGCGCGUCUUUGUGACGUAUUGUCACGUGGUUUUGCUUCGUCCCUCUUUCGUUGGAGAUUAGAUUUGCUAAGCUAACCGAGCUAACAAACCUCACGUCUUCUUUCUUAGCCUUUUUUUUCGAACCACAGAAGCGGUGAAGACACGAGUGGCAACUAAAGACCCGGCGAAGAUUAUUUCACAUCCCUACCGGCGACGUUUCUCUCCGCUCCCGGAGAAAAGUGUGAGCCGCCAUGUACAAUGGCAUCGGCCUGACCACUCCCCGGGGCAGCGGCACCAAUGGCUAUGUGCAGCGCAACCUGUCCACGGUGCGGGCCAAGCGGCCUCGUGACGACCGCGGUGGCGAGCGGGACGAGAAGGACCGGGAGCGGCUGGAGAGUCAACUCAACCGGCAGCCCAAUGCCGACAUCCUUGAGCACCAGAGGAAGCGGCAGCUGGAGGUGGAGUGUGCUAAGUUUCAGGACAUGAUGGAGGAGCAGGGAUACUCGGUAGAGGAGAUUGAGGAGAAGGUGAACAGCUUCAGAAUGAUGCUGCAGGAAAAGCAGCAGCCGCCUCCUUCCGCCGCCGGUGACAAAGCCAGCGUGACAGAAACUCACGCCCUGGCGGCGGCCAACCAGCAGAAGAACGACCGCCUUCGCGCAGCCUUCGGCAUCUCCACUGACUAUGUGGACGGUUCGUCUUUCCACGCCGACCGUAAGGAGAAGGAGAAGGAGAAGCGGGAGCAGGAGCGUCUGGAGAGGGAAAGGCAGCAGCAACAACAACAGCAGCAGCAGCAGAAAUACACGCUGGUGGAGGACUCAGACGAGUCAGGUUCCCCACCAAAGAAACGCAGUCGGAAGAAGAAAAAGAAGAAUAAGAAGAGAGCCGGCUCACAGAGUCCCUCACCGGCUCCUCGCCGAGAGAAAAAAUCAAAGAAGAAGAAGAAACGUGAGUCCACAGUGGAGGAAGAAGAAGAAGAAGAAAGUUCCUCCGAUGAGAAGCAGAAGAAGGCCUCAAAGAAGAAGAAGAAGCGAGCGGGUAAAAGUCCCACAAAGACAAAGGCGGCACCACAGCGGAGCAUCUCGUCCAGUUCGUCCCGAAGUCGCUCGCCUCUGCCGGUGCGGUCACGUCAACGCAAGAUGCAGGAAGUUGACAACGGGCGCAGGCCAAGAUCUCCAGACAGGAGACGAGGCCGCGACGAACAAGGUCCGCGACGCCGAGGAAGCGACGAGAAAGAGAAAGGGAGGACAAUGGCCUCCCUUCCCAGGAGGAGACGAGACUCUUCCUCACCAUCCUCUCCUCCGCAGACGGACAGAAGGAAAGAGACGGAGAGGAGAAAAGAGAGACUAAGCGAAAGGUUGCGUUCACGCAGUAAAGAGACGGACAAGAGAAAGAGGGACAACGUGAAGGACACCCGGAGAAGAUCCAGGAGCAAAGAAACGGACAAGCAGAGAGGUAGAAGAUCAAGAAGUCCAGAAAGUGGCAAAGACAAAGGAUGGGCAAGGCGAUCAGGGAGCAGCGAAAAGCGGGAAAAAGCAAAGCUGUGUCCUCCCCAGAGAAUGAGACACGACUCCUCUUCUCCUUCACCUCCCAAAGUUGAUGCCAGGAGUGGUCACAGCAGAAGAGCGCAACGUGAGGAAGAGAGGGACGCCGGGAAGCGGGACACACAGACCAGACACAACUCCUCUUCUCCUUCACCUUCCAAAGUGAACAGCAGGAGUGGUCGCAGCAAAGGAACGCAACGAGAGGACGAGAGGAAUGCUGGGAAGCAGGACACACGAAGCAGACAUGACUCCUCUUCACCUUCACCUCCCAAAGUGGACACCAGGACUGGUCACAGCAGAGGAGAGGUAGAGAGGAACGCCAGGAAGCACGACACAAGAACCAGACACGAGUCCUCUUCACCUUCCCCUCCCAAAGUGGACACCAGGAGUGGUCGCAGCACGGGAGCGCAACGAGAGGAAGAGAAGAAUGGCGGGAAGCAGGACACACGGACCAGACACGACUCCUCUUCGCCUUCUCCUCCCAAAGCGGACGCCAGGAGUGGUCGCAGCAGAGGAGCGCAACGGGAGGAAGAGAGGAACGCUGGGAAGCGAGACACGCAGACCAAAUACGACUCCUCGUCCCAGUCUCCUGAGAGGGGGAACAGAGGAGAUGCAAUGCAGACAUCCAGGAGUAAAGAAGCUGCAAAUAGAGCAGACACCUCUUCUCGUCCUCCUCCGCCACCCUUCAAUGGACGCCAGGAAAAAAGCAGAGAAGAUGGAAGCAGGAAGUCAGACGAGGCAACAGAAUUUCAACGAAAACCUGACACCAGGACCAGAAGUCCUCCAGAGAUGCAGGCGCAGGAUCAAAAAGAAUGCAGCAGUGAUAGUGACUCCUCUUCAUCGUCAUCCUCGUCAUCUUCAUCCUCGUCAUCCUCAUCUUCAUCAUCCGAAGAUGAAGACCAACCCAAGGCCAGAGAAAACAGAAAGUCGUCUUCUAUCAAAGUGGCCGUUCAAAGGUUUGUCACCAACGGACGCGCCGAGAGCUCACAGCAACCCAAAAGACCCCCCGAGCAGGCAGAAGAUGACAAAGAGCGGCCCCCCAACAGAGCCCCCGUGGAUCCUCCUCCAGGCAAAAAUCACCAGGACCGCCGUAGUCCGCGAGAGAAGCCGACCAGGAGGUCCCGCUCUCCCCCGACUUACCGUGUCACCCCACCAAAGCAGUACCAGGACCCCCUACCCCGCUCGAGGAGAAGUAGUCCUCCUCCGGCCCGCCUCAGGGACCGGGAGUGGGACCGGGACCGAGGAUGGGAACGGACCGCCAGACGCAGCAGGUCCAGGACUAGGAGCCCCAGAAGGCACAGCCCUCUGCUUAGGGGGCGCCGCCCUUCUUCGCCAUCCCACAGACGACAGAGCAGUCGCUCGCCAAUCAGGAGGCGAACGAGUUAUUCACCAUUGCCGCCACGGAAGAGGCGAACCAGUCGGUCUCCUUCGCAAUCAGUAAGGAGGAGGACCAGUCGUUCACCAAUAAGGAGGCGAACUAGUCGUUCACCAGUUAGGCGGCAAGCUAGUCGCUCGCCAAUGGGAAAGCAGACCAGUCAUUCACCAAUGAAGAAGCGGACCAGUCGCUCGCCAAUGGGAAAGCGAACCAGUCGCUCGCCAAUGGGAAAGCGGACCAGUCGCUCGCCAAUGAGGAAGCGGACCAGUCGCUCGCCAAUGAGGAGGCGCACCAGUCGCUCGCCAGUGAGGAGGCGCACCAGUCGCUCGCCAGUGAGGAGGCGCACCAGUCGCUCCCCAGUGAGGAGGCGCACCAGUCGCUCGCCAGUGAGGAGGCGCACCAGUCGCUCGCCAGUGAGGAGGCGCACCAGUCGCUCGCCAGUGAGGAGGCGGAGCAGUCGCUCGCCAGUGAGGAGGCGGAGCAGUCGCUCCCCAGUGAGGAGGCGGAGCAGUCGCUCGCCAAUGGGCAGGCGGACCAGUCGCUCGCCAAUGGGCAGGCGUCCGAGUCGCUCGCCGGUGGGAAAGCGGACCAGUCGCUCGCCAGUGAGAAGGCAGAUGAGUUGCGUGAGUCGCUCGCCAAUGGGAAGGCGAACCAGUCGCUCGCCAAUACCGAUGCGGAGCAGUCGUUCGCCAAUGGGGAAACGGACCAGUCGCUCACCAUCGCCGUCAGUUAGGAGGCGGCCCAGUCGCUCGCCAUUGCCUCCAAAAGGGAGCGGGCCAACCAGUCGCUCGCCUUCGGCGCCAGUGAGGAAGUGGACCAGUCGCUCGCCAAAGGGGACUGAUCACUCUGCAUCCUCAGAAGGCGCCAGGAAGCAAGAUAGCGAAGCAGACAAGCCUCGAGGUAGGCAGGAGCAGCAAACGCCGCCGGGGAAAGACGCUCGGCAGCCCAGCAGAUCGUCGUCCUCGUCUUCGUCUUCAUCUUCCUCCUCCUCCUCCGACUCCUCGUCAUCAUCCUCCUCCUCGUCAUCUUCACCUUCGCCAAACAGGAAAGAUGUGAACCCUCCGGAGGGGGAGAAGAAAAACCAGCAGGAAGACGAGAGACGAGAGUAUAGGACUCUGAAAAGCGGAUGCGACUCGUCGUCUCGUGCGGCGGUGCGAGGCUCCGGAGACCAAUCGGAGCACAGCGAGUCGUCAAGAGCCACGAACAGGAAGUCAUCGCCACCUGCGGCCUGUCCUCCGGUCCGGCAGGAAGUGGUCUCUGAGCACGGCGUCGGGAAGGAAUUGAACAAGAAAGAAAGCAGGAGCAGCAGCUCCUCCUCCUCUUCCUCUUCCUCCUCUUCCUCCUCCUCCUCUUCCUCCUCCUCUUCAGACAACUCCGACUCGGAGGCACAGCCAGGAAAAGGGAAAGCUAAAGCUAGGAGUUCCGGAUCGUCAUCCUCCUCUAACACUGAAAAAGACGAGAAGGACAAGAGGCUUCCGGCAGACUCCCUGCGAGAUUCUCGCUCUCUGAGCUAUUCUCCUCCUCGACACAUGCGACGGGCGCCCGCCUCGCCGGGACGCAAGUCAGGCGGUCGGACCCGCUGAUCGCCACUGCUGACCCAGAAUGUGAACUUUGACCUUGAACGAGCUCCUCCUCCUCAUCGCCGACGGCAGGAAGUGAAGCAACCGGAACAGGAAGUGAAGACACGCCCGCUACACAAUACUUCCUGUUGUCGUGACAGCCCUUCACAGUAUGGAUGCGUCAUGUGACUUCUGCUAUACUCGUCAUGUCCUCUCACUUGACGUCCUUAGUUUCGUUGUGGUCCCUUGAGAUGAUGAUAAUAAAGUUAAUUGUACAUUUUAUUGCUGUGCAAUUGGUUGCCAUCGCCAUCCCUUUUUCGGUUAUUCCUUUUUAAGGAUUUGAAAAUAAACCAACUUCUUUAGUUCCUUUUGUGGCUCUGAUGGAUGUUGGUGUGAAAUGUGCUUGUCUAUCAGUCCAAGGAUGAAAACUAAAUGUAUUGUCUUUUUUUCUUCUUCUUCUUCUUUUUAAUAAAAACGGAACCGUUGGUCAAUCGUUGGGACAAAUUUGACAGAUAUGAGAAAAACCGCCGACACUUUCAUUUCCUCAAAAUUAACCUCAUGGAUUGUUCACUUAACGUCAGAUAAAUGACACCAUGGGAAAAGUAUAUGGAUACCAAGUAAAUCAAGCCCCUUUAAUUCUAGGAUGUGGCCUAAAAUGUAAAAGGAGUAAAUAAAAUGUUUUAAACUUUU